CCGAAGGGACCGCUUCUGACAUUUUGCGUGACAGCCGCAAAAAGACGCGAACGUGAAACCAGAAGGCAAACACCGCUAAACGAACGGGCAAAGGUCGAACAAGCGCAAAAACAAAGGGAAAAAUCCUGCGAAAAUGUCAACCGGGUCGUAAAUUUUUUUCGGAAAAAGUUGUUGCCCUUCGUUUGCAGAGGAAAAAUCGUUUCAAAAGUUGAAAUUUUGGUGUGAAAAUUGUGGUCACUUGUUGGCGGUAGCAGGGCGGAAGUUUACGGGUGAGAUUGAGCGUAGGAACGAUGAAAUCGAAGCUUUUGGGGCGUUCUAUCUGAGAGCCUUCGAUUUGGUCAUCGGAUCGCGCCCUUGCUUUUUUUCUGUGUUGCGAAAGCAGUUUUUUUGUGUUAUCGUGCUGUGUGCCUUCAGCGCUUGGCGUUCGAUUACGAGACUCGAAUGGUGUUCGGGACUGUUGAUCGGAGCAGGUGAAAUCGAGCGCUUCUCGUUCGCGGGGUGUGUCCUUGGAAGGGGUGGACCCGGUGAUUAUGGAGGUGGAGUCUACUUUCCCAACGGAGAUGUGCUAUUUGUCAGAGAAAAUGGUCGGAAAGCAAAACAAUCAUGAACAGCCAUCGCCAAAGAGCAGCAACAAUGGGACGGUUGCUCCGAAGGCCGAACCGGAGGAGGAUGAAGAUUCGGCAGCGGAUCGUCUACCUUCGAGAGAGGAACGGUAUGCUGAUGCUGGGGAGGAACCCACCUCGAUGGAUGAGAAGCCAAGCAAUGGCGAUUCGAACGAACAUGGCGGGUUGGAGGAGGAUGGCCGCCGGAAAAGCGAGGACGUUCGUCAGCAACGUUCGGCGGUCCAGUGGAUCAACGACGACGAUGAAAUCGAAAUGCUGGACAUGUCCUUGACAAUCGAUCCGCCCAACAUUUUCAAUCGGGUCAACAGCGCUGACAUAAUCUACCAGUCGCGGCGAAAGAAGUGCAAACUGGUCGGGAAGUACGUGAUGGGGGACGUUCUUGGCGAGGGAAGUUACGGCAAGGUUAAGGAAGUGCUGGACUCCGAAACGCUGUGCCGGAUGGCUGUGAAGAUUCUCACCAAACGAAAACUGCGGCGCAUUCCAAACGGAGAGCAAAACGUCCGGCGAGAGAUCAAACUGUUGCGCAAGUUGCGCCAUAAAAACGUGAUAGAGCUGCUCGACGUGCUGUACAAUGAGGAGAAGCAGAAGAUGUAUCUGAUAAUGGAGUACUGUGUGGGAGGACUGCAGGAGAUGCUGGAUUCCGUUAUUCCGGAAAAGAAACUUCCCAUGCAUCAAGCUCACGAUUACUUCGUACAGUUACUGGAUGGUCUGGAGUAUUUGCAUGGUUGUGGAAUUGUCCACAAAGACAUUAAGCCGGGAAAUCUCCUGCUGACGCUGGAUCAUACCCUAAAGAUUUCGGAUUUCGGUGUCGCGGAGGCAUUAGAUAUUUUCGCUCCAAAUGACGAUUGUACAACCGGGCAAGGUUCGCCAGCGUUUCAACCGCCGGAGAUAGCAAACGGCCAUGAAGUGUUCUCCGGUUUCAAAGUCGACAUCUGGAGCACUGGAGUUACGCUUUAUAACAUUACCACGGGUCUGUACCCGUACGAAGGUGAUAACAUUUACAAACUGUUGGAAAACAUUAGCCGAUGCGAUUGGGUCGCACCCGAUUGGCUGGAAAGCCGUCUCGCCGACUUGGUGACCAACAUCCUUCAGGAGGACCCUGCGAAUCGCUUUAGUUUACAACAAAUUAGGCACCACGAGUGGUUCAAAUUUGCACCGGAGGCGACGUGCCCUCGGGUACCGGUGCCCCCGCUCAAGGGGGACUCCAUACGACGUUCCACUGUAUUGCCUUAUCUGGAAGCCCAUCACUACGAGAUCGAUCGGGACUACGGGGUUUACUUUACCGAGCACGAUAUUAACGAGGAGAUAGCCCGCCAGCAGCAGCAGAGUGCCUCGCUCGACCCUCGCUACCUCCAGAGUGGCGGCUUCGACUCGCUAUCCUUCACCUCGGACGAUUUACCGCCCUCGCACUCGUACCAUCAGUAUCCUCACGCUUCGCAUCACUAUCAGCACCAUCACCACCACCGGCAUCACUCGCAUCAGCCAUCGUCCUAUCACAACAACGGUAAUAGCAAUGCGAUGGCCGCCGCCGCCGCCGCCCUGCCGAGACCAGGCUACUCCGGCGAGGGUUCCGGCGAUGCCGAGAGUGGCCAACGGGAGAGCCACCGGAAGAUGCGAAGCUUUUCGCUGUCCCCGAAAGCCAGCUCGCGGCAUGCGACCAACUCGGCUGCCAAGGCCGAGACGGAAGCCGGGUCGGCCGGAAAUUCCAAACGGGCGCGCUCGCGGAAGCCCGUUUCCUGUAUCUCAUGGCGCAAGUGGUCCCACUGUCGGCAGUCGUGAAGCAGCGACGAGGAGGACGAUGAUGAGGAGACAGGUGAGAGUACGGAUGAGGAUUAGAGAGGGGGGAUGAUGCCAUUUUGUUGAUUAUCUCAGAUCAGUUUAGAAACAAAUUAUGGAAGGUCGUAGGACACAAAGGGGAAAUGGUCACAGGUCGGUUUCGACCUUUUGUUAUUUGGGAUGAUACAGAACAAACGGUACAACUGCAUGGAAGUAAUCUUCUUGAUUCAGCUAAGUUUUAUCCGGCAAAGAGACUCAAACAUGGAUGAGUCUCGUGUAGGCAUACUUUCAAAUUUUUAGUCUAGCAAGCAAUUUGAUGUGGUUUAUUAGCUUUGUUAAUCAUCCUGUGAAAUUUUAGAUUCCGUUAAACUCGGUGCAGAUUUGUGAGAAACUAUGUUCGAUUGUGAAACUCAAACAAAUUAGAUUUUCUUUUUCGGUAGGUAGGUCAGAUUGGAGGGUAAACUCGAAUGCAAAAAUUGUGUUUGUAUUUUGAAGUCGUCAAAUUCCCAGAAAAGUCGGUGUAGGUAUCACUAAGUAAUUGACAAAUCGCUGCUGUCUGUAAAACAGUGAUGAAAAUGCGUGUCCUAUUUUAAUGUAUUUGGUCUAAUAUAUUUGCUUUGUAAUAAUGAUCGAUCAGUUUAUGUGCAUUUCAUAAAUUAUAAAACUGCACCCACCUGAGAUUUCAAUUGAAAUAAUGCGAAAGUGUUUCAGCGCUAUCUACAUUAUCUACAUUUGUCGACUAUAAAAAAAAAACUCUACUCCAGCGCUAAGCGUAUUGCGAAGCACCGUCUUCGUCGGUCUUCAGAAUUUCCUGCGAGAAUUAUUCCAGAAAUUCCAUCGGGAAUUCCUUCAGAUGUACCAUGAGUAAUUCCUUUAGGUACCUAUUCCUUCGGUAAUUACUCUAGGACUUCCACCGUGCGUUUUAAAGGAGCUUAUUUUGGAAUUCAUUCAAUAUUUCAUUCAGAAUUUUUGUCAGGCGUUUUUUCAAGGAAUCUUCCAAAAGUUCUUUCACAAAAUUCUCCACAAAUUAUUCGGGGAAUUUCUUGAGGAAUUCCUAAGGUAUGUCAUGGAAGAAUUUCCUAAGAAAUUCCUGAAUCAAUUUCCGAACGAAGUCCUAACUCGCAACAAAUUUCUUGGAGGAGUUAUCGGUAGUUUGUCCCUCUAUUAUUGGCUAUUUCCGGAUAAAAUUGGUUUUAGGUGGAAUUACAUAAUAGCUUCCAACGAUAACUUCUUUUUUGGGGGAAUUUUCAAUAUUAUUCUUGCAGAAAUUUUAAAAGGAACUCCUGGUGGAACAAUUUGGAACAAUUCGCAAUAAAACUCCUAGAGAAAUUCCCAAUGGAGAAGUUCUCAAUUAAGUUGCUGGAAAUAUUGGAAUUGAAUUUCCCGUUAAAAAAUUCUGGAGAGAUUUUCAAAGGAAUAUCUAGAGGAAUGCUGAAAUGAAAGCCUGGAGGGAUUUCCGAAAAAGACCAAGAGCAAUUUCCGAUUGAAUUUCUGAAGUUAUUCUGUAUUCAACACUUAGGAGAAUUCCCCAUGUGACUCCUGGAGGAAUUCUUAAUGAAUUUGCUGAAGGAGUCGCUAAUGCUAACCCAGGAGAAAUUUCCGAUGAAACUCAUGGAGAAAUUCUUCGUGAAAUUAUCGAAGGAACACGUACAUAAAAUCCCAAUAAAAUUCUUCGAGGAAUUGCCAAUGGAAAUCCUUGAGGAAUUCUGUAGAAAUUCUUAAAAGAAAAACUGGAGGCAUUCAAAGUGCAAUUACUGGGAAAAUCAUAAUAAAAUUCCUUCAAGAAUUGCUUAUAAAACAUCUGCAGGACUUACCAAUGGAUAUCCUGAAUUCCUGGAAAUCCUGGAAGAACUAAAGAAGGAAAUCCUAGUAGAAUUCUUGAGAAAACUCUUGGAGAAAUUAUCGAGGGAAUUUCUGGAGUAAUCAUGAAUGAAAUUCUUGGAAAAAUUCGCCCAAUAAAAGUUAUAGUAGAAUCCCUAAAGAGAUUCCUAAUGGAACUUUCGGAGGAAUUCUCAAUGCAACUCCUGGAGAGAUUAUUGAAAUAAAUACUAAAAGAACUCUCAGAUAAGCUAUUGGAGCAAUUCACGAAUGAACUCCUGCAGAAAUUUUCAAAGGAACUCUUGGUGAGAUUUCCAAAAGAACUCUUGGAGUAAUCCUAGGAGGAACACCAGGGAAAUUUUUAACAAACUUCUAGAGCAAUUGUUAAAGAAACUACUAAAGAAAUUCUUAGGGAAACUCCUGAAGAAAUUUCCGAAUGAACUCAUUCAGAUAUUCUCGAAGAAACUUCUGAAACAGUUCCCAAAAGAACUCCUGAAGAAAUUAUCUGUGAUACUCCAGUCUAAAUUGAAGCAUUUUUUUAAGCAUGCAAGAAAUCAUAGAGGAAUUGCCGAUGUAUUUUCUGCAUCAAUCUCUUAUGGAAAUCCUGGGGUAAUUUCCGAAGGAACUCCAGGAGAAAUUCCCGAAGGAAUUUCUACCGAAACUUCCAACGAAACCCUUGGAGGAAAUAUCAAUGAAACAUCUGGAGAAAUUUUUAGAGAAACAUUUACAGGAAUUUGAGUGUAAAAUUAGCAUUAGCAAAAAUACACAUAAAUAAAAACAUAAAAAAUAACAGGAAUCCCCCGAAGAACUCCUGGGUAAUUUUAAAGGAACCGCUAAAAUAAUUGUUUAAAGAAUCCUUGGAGAAAUUCUCGAUGAAACUUUCGAUGAAAUCCCGAAUGAAACUCGUUUGAACUACUGGAGGAAUUCCCGACUGAAAAAAUAACCGAUGGAACUCCUGAACGAAAUACCGAUGAAACUCCUGGAGAAACUCCGGAUGGAACUCUAGGAGGCAUUCCCAAAAAAAAACUGCUUGGGGGGUUUUGCAAAGAAAUUCUGAAGGAAUCCAUGGAGGAAUUCCCGGAAGAAUCCCUGGAGAAAUCCCAGAAGAAAUCCCUUUAGGAAUCCCUGGAGAAAUCCCUGGAGGAAUGCCUGGAGGAAUCCCUGGAAGAAUCCCUGGAGGAAUCUCUGGAGCAAUUCUUGAAGGAAUUUCUUGAAGAAUUCCUGGAGGAAUUCCUGGAAGAAUUCGUGGAGAAAUCCCUGGAGGAAUCCCAGGAGAAAUCCCUUGAGGAACCCCUGGAGAAAUCCCUGGAGGAAUGCCUGGAGGAAUCUCUGGAGCAAUUCUUGUAGGAAUUUCUUGAAGAUUUGCUGGAGAAAUUCCUGGAAGAUUCUCUGGAAGAAUUCCUGGACGAAUCUCUAGAGAAAUUCCUGGAGGAAUCCCUGGAGAAAUUCCUGGAAGAAUCCCUGGAGGAAUUCCUGGGAAAAUCCCUGGAGGAAUUCUUGGAAGAAUCCCUGGAGGAAUUCCUGGAACAAUCCCUGGAGAAAUUACUUGAAGAAUCCCUGGAGAAACUCCUGGAAGAAUCCCUGGAGGAUUUCCUGAAAGAAUCUCUCGAGGAAUUCCUGGAAAAAUUCCUGGAGGAAUUCCUGGAACAAUCCCUGGAGGAAUUACUUGAAGAAUUCCUGGAGGAAUUCCUGGACGAAUCUCUAGAAAAAUUCCUGGAGAAAUUCCUGGAAGAAUCCCUGGAGGAAUUCCUGGAAGAAUCCUUCGAGGAAUUCCUGGAAGAAUCACUGGAAGAAUUACUUGAAGAAUCUCUGGGAGAAUUCCAGGAAGAAUCCCUGGAGAAAUUCCUGGUGGAAACCCUGGAGAAAUUCCUGGAGGAAAUCCUGCAAGAAUUCCUGAGAGAAUCCCUGGAGAAAUCUCUGGAAGAAUUCCUGGAGGAAUUCCUGAAGUAAUUCCUUGAGGAAAUCCUGGAGGAAUUCCUGGAGAAAUUCCUGGUGAAAUCCCUGGAGAAAUUCCUGGAGGAACUCCUGGAAGAAUAACUGAAGGAAAUCCUAAAGGAAUCUCCGGGGAAAAAGACCAUAUUUACUUUUGUGUACACUUCAUACAACUCAAGAUUCAUGCGUUAGCGCCAUAUAUUUUUUCAGAGAUUGUUUCCGGAUUUGCUUGAGAAAUACCCUCUGAGAUUAUCAAAUUUCAGAAAUUAAUUCGGAGAUCCCUCUAGGAUUACCCCUACCAAGAUUACCUCAGCAUUUUUUCUGAGAUUCUUCCAGGGAUUCUUUCUGUGGUUUCUACAUAUUUUUUUUCAGGAUUUCUUUCUGUGAUUCAUCAGGAAGCUUUAUCUGAGAUUCUUUUUGAGGUUGCUUCUGAAGUUCCCUCUGAGGUCCUUCCAAGAGUUUUUUCUGGAAUUCCUAACGGAUUCUAUCUCAGGAACUCCUUCCAGAAUUCCUUCCGAGAUUUCUUCUGCCACUUCAAGGGAUUUCUCCCGGGAUUUAAAAUGGAUUUUCGGGAAUUCUCCAGGAAUUCCAUCCGAAAUUCUCCUAAUAGCUUCUGAGGGAAACCGUUAAUACAGAUAUAAAAAAGAACUAGCUGGAGUGUAUCCUCCCGUAGGAACUUCAUGAGAAUUUCUAUAAACGAAAACUGCAGAAGGAAUUUUUAAAAAUGUUUCCUAACAAAAUCCCGAAGGACUUCCAUUAGAAACACCUGAAAGAAUUCCAGAAUGAACUUCCAGAGGAUUUUCAGACGGAUCUGCAGGAAUUCCAAACAGAACUCUUGGAGGAAUCUAGAAAAGAGUUCCUAGAUCAGGGUGUCUACUACCUGGAAAAACCUGGAAAACCGGGAAUCCUCAGGGAAUUUUAUUUAACAGGGAAAAACCUGGAAUACUCAGGGAAUAUCUUGAGUACUCAGGGAAAAACAUUGGGUCGUAUGAAUAAAAACCUUUGUAGAAAUUUCGCUACAAGGAUUUUUCCAGAAAUUCCUUCAGGGUUUCUUUCUGGAACUUCUUUAGAAAUACCUCCUGGAAUAUCUAUCAGGAUUUCUUAUAAAAUUCCUUCCGCAUUUUUGACGCUUUUUUAUUAGUAUUCAUUUUUGAUUUUUUUUUUCCGUAAAGGUUUACUUCCGGAUUCCUUCCAGGAUUCCUGAAUUCCAAACGAUUUCUCCUGGAGUUUUUCACGGGGAUGCUGUUUCUUCCCGGAUUUCCUCCAGUGUUUUGCUCAAAGAAAUAUUCGUAGGAUUUUUACCAUAAUUUAUCCCGAAUGCUCUAUAAGAAUUUCUUUCGGGAUAAAUCGUGGAAUUUCUUUCGGCAUUACUUAUGGAAAUUUUAUGCCAUUUCUUCCGGUGUUACUCCUGGGACUUCCUCAGAAGAUUUUUCCAGAAUUUCUUUCAGAGUUGCUAAAGGAGUUAUUCCUGUGGUUUCUACUAAAGUUCCUCCAAGGGUUUCUGAAGGAGUUUUCACGAAUUUACUGCAAGAGUUUCUCAAGAGAUUUCUCUCAUUUUUUUCCUGUGAUAUCUUCAAACAAUUUGGGCUUUGGGCUUUCUUCGAGAUGUUCUUCCUGGUCUCCUACAGAAAUUUCUUAAAAGUUUUUGCGAAGUUUAUUUCGAAGUUUUACCUGAAAUUUCUCUCGCAGUAUCUCCUGGAACUUCUCUCAGAAGAUUCCUUUUGAUGUUGGUCAUUGAGAUGCCUCUCAGAGUUUUUCUUAAUUUACGCUGGACUUUCUCCCAAGAUUUUUUUUUCAGAGUGCCUUCUGGGAUUUCCACAGGAGUUAUUACUGAUAUUUCUCAUUGAAUUCUUCUCUUGCAUUCUUUCAGAGCCAGGUUGUUCCUUGUAGUUGUGCCGGAUUUCUUUCAAUGAUCCAUCUGAGAUUCUCUGCAUUAUUCCCAAAAUUCUUCCCGGUAUCCAGAAAUUGUCCAGAGAUUCUGGAUACUAUUUUAGGGAUUUCUAGCAAAGUUAUUGCAGGGAUUCUUCUACGAGUUUUCCUCAGAAUGUCUCCUGAGAAAACCUACGAAAUACCUUAUAGGAAAUUCCUGGAGAAAUUUUCGAGGGAAUUCAAUUGAAAUCUUGCGAGAAACUCCGCAAAGUGUUAGUGAAGAAAUCUCGACAGGAACUUCAGGAAAAACCUGAGAAAAAAUGAGACAUCUCGAAAAAAGUUCUAGGUAAUAAAUAAUACUAGUAAUCCCGAGAAGAAAUAGGCAGUUUGUUUUGGAUGAACCAUCAGGAGGAAUCCAGCGAGAAUCUCUGGAAGUAUAUCGGAAAACCUUCGCAAGAAAUAUCGGAACGUACUCAAACAGAUAUCUCGUGAAAGAAUCCUGCGGAUAGCCAGGGAGAAACUUUGGAAGAAAUUCCAGAAAUUACGCUCAGAAAUCUUGAAAGAAUUUUCGAAGAGUAGGGGAACUUACGUAUUUUCGGCAGUUUUGUCCUUUUCGUCAUGCAUUUUUUUAAAACCUUUUGAACUCAGACUUGGCAUCAAAUCCUUUCCAAUCAAGCUGAAUAUGAUCAAGCUUCAGGCAAUUUGGCCGACAACAAUCCCUCAUGACGAAGAGUGUGUGGCUUCGUGGUCGUGCGGCUAGUGUCACCAAGCAUAUAGUCGCAUCGUGCUAGGAGCGCGGGUUCGAUUCCCGCCGCAGCUGUCAGGAAAAGUUUUCGGCUGCGCCACUGGGCGUUGCAUGCUAGUCCGUUGUCUAGUGUCGUGCUUCCUUCAAAGAGCGAAUAGCUCACUGGAAGUACUAAACGUGUCCGUGUCUUUUUUUUUUAGAACAAACCUGCCGAUGAGACCCUAAGUCACCCUUUAUAAUUUAAGAAAAUUUGUUUUUUUUUAACUAUAAACUUUCAAAAUUUCAUCUGGAAAAACCUAGAAAACUCAGGGAAUUUUAUUUUGAGUUAUGAGUAGACACCCUGUAGAUGUAUCCUGGAAAGAGUUCCUGAAGAAAUUUUGAAAGCAAUUUCUGAAAGAAUUUUUCAAGAACUUCCCGGAAGUUCCAAGAGGAAUCCCAGAAAGAGUUCCAAAAGGAAUCUCGGAAGAAGUUUCCAGAGAAAACCACGAAGGAGUUUCGGAAGAAAUUCCAGAGGCAUUUCCUGACAGAAGCCCAGAAAACAUUUUCGGAGGAAUCUCUGAUGGAGCUCCCAAAGAAAUCCCGGAAUGAGUUCCCGAAAGAAUCUUGGAAGUAGUUUCUGGAGAGGAAUCCCAGAAGAGGUUCCUGCAGGAAUCCCGGAAGAAGCUCCCGGUAAAAUUACCGUAGAAAGCCCGGAACUCUGGAACCAACCCCAGAAGUAGUUCCUGAAUGAAUCAAUGAAUCCCGAAAGGAGCUCUAAGAAAAAUCCCGAAGAAGUUUUUAUAGGAUUCCUGGACUUCCUGAAGAAAUCCCGGGUAAAAUUGCUGGAAUUCCCAGGAAUAUCUUCUGAAAGUAGAGGGAAAAAGCUCAACAAUAACACAUUUUAAUAAGGGAAUAAAAUAGUGAUAUUGGUUUGUUUGAGAUAAGAGGUAAAAGUACUGAAAAAAAUGUCUCAAAUUUACUGCUUGAUCGACCUCAUCAUAGCACAUUGAGCUCUAAGAUUAAGAUCUAACCAAUAGCAGUAAGUUAUCUGUUUGAUCUUCAAAUAUCAGAUUUUGCUGUUGGUCAAAUGGAUCAAGAACAAAUAUUUGAUGUCGUUUUCAGUACUUUAACGUCUUAUCUCAUUCAAAGCAAUAUUACGUUUUGAUCUUCAGUACUUGUCCUCGACUCGAGUUCCAAAAUAAACUUUUAUGAGAUUUCAGCAUGGAAUUCCUGGAGGAUGAAGUAAACUGGGAAUUCCUGAAGUAAUCUCAGAAGGUGUUCUUUAAGAAAUCUCGGAAAAAAACUUUGGAAAAAUCUCAGGAGAAAUCCUGGCAGUAGCUUGUGAAGGAAUCACAGACGAAGUUAUUUAAGGAAUCUCAGAAGAAACUCCUGGAAGAAUCCUAGAGAAUCAUCAAGAACUUCCUGGGAAUCCCACAUUAAACUCCUGGAACAAGAAACCGCGAAGGAUUUCAUGGAGGAAUUCCUGAUGGAAUUCCUGGGUGGGUGCUGCCGUGCCGUCAUCAAGUCAUAAAGCCUGUAAAAAAUGUCAAAAAAUGUAUUUCUUGAAGCAGAUAAUAAAAUGUUUUAAAGUGGUUGAUCGAGAUGUUGAUAUUUUCGCCCUGCUUAUUUCAAAAUCAAACCUGUUGCAUCUCGCCCCUCAUUUGGUGCUUUUGAGUUAUUUAUAUUUGAUAGUAUAAGAAGAAAAUUAAUUGAAAGAAAGAAGUAUUACUUCAUGCCUGACCGAACAUUCACCAAAACAUCAUCUCCUUAAAAAAAACGUGUUUCGCCACCGCGUAGACACAACUUGUGGUGUGAUUUGCACUUUGAUGUGCAAUAAAAUUAUUUUUCUAACGAAAAAAAAGGAGUUCCUUAUCUCUUAAGAGCAAAACAAAAUUGAAACAAAAAACUACUAAACUCCCGUACCCAACAAUACACACAUAAACCACUAUGUAAAUUAUUAAGAGCUAGUCACGCCGAUGUAGAGUUUAUAUGAACUUAAAAGUAAGAGAGAAAAUGGAAGAAUAGCCCCACGUUCUAUUAGCCGUACUUUGAAAUUCGGGAGGCGUCUCCGAACGUCCACAACAAAUAUUGAAUUGCAUUAUGGGGGUUGGGCUAUUGGAUGGGAUCAGGUCUUCCUUGCCAUAGAACGAGAGUAACAACAAUCUAUACGAUACAUGUAGUCAUACAAAUCAGAAAUCAACCAAUACGCGUCAUGUUCAUUUGUUUCAGUCAAUGAUAUGGGCAAACGGGGGAAAAAGCUACAAUAACUACUACCUACUGUAACAGAUAUAGAAAUUGUUGGAUUAACAUAUGUAGAAAAAACAAUUACAAAACAAGCAUUAAAAGAGACGAAUCUGCGAUGUGUUAUAUAUAGGUUAGGGAAAAGAAACCACAAGAGAGAUGAAAAGAUUGUAUAAAGAGAUCAUCGUAUUGAGACGUAAUCACUUAUAGGCGUUAAAUGAAAAGAAGGAUGGUAAGAAGCGGUAGAUUUUAAAUUAAUAUAUAUUGAAGAAAAAAAAAUACAAAGGAAAUUGCUUAGAGGCAACAAAACGAGAAUUGAUAUGAAAAUAAAGAUAAAUGGACACAGUUGACAUAUA